CCAAUGCAGUCUGACUCUCAGUCCGCCAGUCGGAAACUCAACACACAAACAUACGCUGGGGUGACUGCGGGUUUGAGUUGAAUUAUCAGUUGGCCACCCCCCAAGCCACGACUUCUUGCUCGGUGUGAUAGGUUCGGUGUGAUCGCCUCCAGAUUUGUGAAGACCGACCGUUGAUUAGUCCUAUCGCCUCAGAAAUGCCACUUUUGCCGUUCCUUCUGCUGCCGUGAGUACCAGAAGUGUCCAUGAUGUCAACGUUUGGCCUGCUCUCUGCCCAUAUGGUUUUGUUCGAUAGAUGAUGGAUCCCCGGUAGCUUGCAAACCUUUGGCACAAUCGAAAGCAUAGCUUGCAUUCCAAAAUAUACAGUUCUUUUUUGGGAGUUAAAGAUAGGGGAAUAUCGAUGACUCGCCCUCGGUGCGGGGAUGUUUCCCUCCCAAUGUUUGGAAUCGAGCAGCUCCAUUUGGUUGCCUUUGACAGGAUUUGCUAUCCACACCGAUCUCGAGCCCCCUACUAGGUGAGCUAAGAAACAGCCGAGUUAUUCAACUGGGCUUUUCGCCACGGAUGCAAUGACGAGGUUUGGUCUUGUUAUUUAAUUUUACACACUUGAAUCCUUCCCUGGUAAAAUGAAUGUAGUAGCGAACGCUUUCAGUGAAUAGCCGGUUCUGUUGAUCGGGCUCCAGCUUAUGUUGUCGUUUGCCCCUUACAAAGCCUCCAUACCACCAAUAAAUUCGGAUAUCAAGAGUGGAGUUCCAACCCUUCACGAGAUGACCAGACGAAUUGAGCUUUCUUGACGAGUGUUCAUUAUGGGACACCAACCUACUCUUUCCACCUUGAAGACGAGUCUCACUUUAAGGUCAGUUUCGCAUGUAUGUAAGGGCCAGCACUCAUAUGGCACGUGUGAACUUGGAUCUGGCCUCACUACUUUCGCACCCGUCUCUAGCCGUUCAAAUGCUACUUUGCUAUUGUAACAGGGCAUAUGUGAGAGAAAGUAACUACUACGCUUGUCUCGCUCAUUUAACAUCGCGUCCUCCGGAAUCGAGCUGAUUUUCGUCGUCUGCGACGGUCGAACCAUGACAGUCCAUGCUCUCACUGGCAUGCAGCCCAUGAUAUUAAGAGGUCAUUUAGCCAUAGAGGUGUCAUAGCGAGUAGUCACUGUUUUUUUCAGUUCUUGGACUCAGCCUCUCUGUCCAUCGGUUUGACGCACAGCAUAGAGAUUUCAAUAGUAAAAUGUAGAGUCUGCUUUGAGUUCCUGCUUUCUGGGUACCCAUCCUGAUCAUAUACAAUCAGACGCGCAAUUAACGGCCUUCAACCACCAAAAUACACUUAACACCUGACAUCAGUGACAGCAGCCCAAUACUUUUAACCAGUUGUUCAUACUAUGAGCGGUGCUUCCGACGCCACCUUCACCUGUAGAAGCAUGUACACUGAUAACCUUUUGAUGUUCACGAAUGACUUCUACCCCAAACCCCCUAUUCUUCCUUCGGGAAAAAGAAACCAUUUAUAGCAAUUUAUUCCUCUAGUGCCCGUGGCUCAAACCUGCAUAUAAAUGGAUAUUGUGACUGGAUUCACACACGCCGACCCCUGCUGCCGACUUCAUCCCCAUCCCCUACUACUAUUGUAUUCCUGGGCGUGCUCCCGCUGUUCCACCUCCACACAGAGUAAUAGUCAUUAGCUACCACCUCCUACCCAACAAAUAUGACGAACCUAGUCUUGAGGCGUGCUUUCAGUUCAUUGAGCCACGCUAGUUCCACUAUGUGUGUAUACCGCCCUUCUUAGGACAAUUGUUCAUAACUCACGGAGUCAACCCUACCGGUGCCUGGUCAACUCAUUCGUGAGCUCACUCUAGUUUGGUUUGUGUCAACUUUUCUCAGGAUUUCCCAUUGAUUUGAUUCUUUCCUGAAUGGGAUUUGCGAUUUUUUCUGAUGACUGACCGGUUCCGCUUCCAUCAGUUGGAACCACCACAGAGUUGACACGUCAGGCCAAUCAUCCCAGGCUCAUUCCAGGUUAGCUGGAGUCCAAUCCCGUUUGUUUUGUAGCUUUCUUCAUCCACUGUGGAGCCCGUUAUGCUGUUAACUCUUUUAUAUUGUUUCCUUUCAAAAAUUUGUUGACCCCGAAGGUGUUCUUUCGAAUACGACAAAUUUCUUUCGAUAAAUCAGCCUUUGGAGAUAUUUGUCAUUCUCGUUUCAGUCAUCUUCCCUUCUCUAGCGCACGUAUCCGCUGCAAAAGCCCUAUCGGUUUCUUAUUGUCUACUCCACAGGGUCACAGCUACCGUGGCGUCAGUUUCCGCGUGGAUCGUGUGCUCAUAAACGUGACCGAGAGGGACUGCCGACCCGUACCCAUUCCCUAUCGGCGUCCAGUAGAACGGAAUGCCGGAGCAAACCUGCCGCCGACGCCCUCUGCCCUGCCCCGUACGAUCCAGUUGCGACCUGAAGGAAGGGAUUUGCCACCACUGGAGCGUGGAUCCUACGCAAUCCACAAUCCCUUCUGUUCAGAGAAUGUCGAUGUAACCAACUUCCUGAACCUUAAUUCCUACGUCAACCACGAUGACUUCUGCCUGGCCUACGUAUUCACCUACCGGGACUUUUCCGGUGGCACUCUCGGCCUGGCCUGGGUUGCUGAGCCCGGUGGCUCUGGAGGCAUUUGCGAAAAACAUCGUCUCAUGCGGGAGGGCAGCCAGACAGUCCGCAAGAGUUUAAACACCGGGGUUGUCACCCUGCUUAAUUACGGAACUCGUGUGAGCUGGUGUACCUCUUUUUUGCGCUUAACUUAUUUUUUUGCACGGCUCCUUUCUGCUCCCUGUUUGGUUGAGUUGUCAUUCGGGGAAGAACAAAGGAGCAACAUCAAUGGGAUAGUUUGCAUAAAAAGUUCCAACUGGAUGGUUGAAUUCUACUCAAUCAGCCGGGUAAACAGACCCCAACAGGACGAGCGUGGAUUCCUACUUUACGUUUUUUCGUUGUUUACUCUGCUGACUAUAGCGACCACAUUGUGGUCACUGCUUGGAAUGGCUCACAAAAAUAGGUAAAGUACAGUAGAUGCGCUGUCUCAUAAAAUGACAACCGGAAUUCUGAAAUGUGUUUUCGACUCAACAGAUUGCAUAUGUGGGUUUGUUAUAUUAGUCAUUAUACAACAUGAUCCCGUGUAAUUUCGGUCACGUCAGCAUCUCGGCUUUUAAACAAGCUUCUUUCUGGCUGCCUGCAAAAAUUGCACCCUGUAAAAAAUGACUACCUGGGUACGGAUUUAAUAUCAAAUCAUAUCUUUUCCUAAUGUUAUACUAAAAGAAAGGUUAUCUUUCAGUUUUAAGUUCCUAAUUAUGAAGUCCUUUAACACCGCAUGAAAUCACACAGAUUUGCAAAGCUGACUUUGUAAAAUCGAUAAAACAUCUGGUUUUCCAAAAAUAACCAAUUUUCUUACACCUUGCUUCAUCUGAUUUACGUGCUGGAAAAAACCAAUUUUAAGGUGUGGUAAGCUCCAUUUCCUUAAAACUGUCGAGUUUAGAUUACUCUCUCCUCGUAGAACAACAUACGCAGAUGUGCAGACUUGGUCUGGGAUAGUUAUUAGCAUAGGAAACUGCCGGUACUACACGGUAACAUAGAUUUCCGCUCAAAUUUGCAAACAUAAGCCCACUAUCUAUGCAAAAAGGACAUUUUUCGGAAGAGACUAGGCGAAUAAGUAAAACGCGCAGCACUUUUUUACUCAUAGCUGAUCACCCCAAUCUCCGUUAUCAUGUUUCAUAAGUUAGGGCACAUACUGUCUAUGUGUUGGGUUAGCCGUGCAUUUGAAGAAGUAUGCUUUGGUAGUGUCAUUGAUCUGCCGUUUGUGACCAUUGGGCUACAGCGUGUUUCGCCUCUCCGAAGGCAUGGCGCAGACAGGACUGCAUUUAUUCGCAAUUAGGCGAUUGUUGCCCAACCUUGAACUUUGCCUCCUGUUUCUAGCCUUACUGAGCGCUUUCGUUUGCAGUUCGACGUUUGCAGGUCCAAACGACCAGCUUGUUUUUCGUCCCCCUCUCCAUCGUUAAUUGCGUCUUUUGGCCACACUAAUUUAACAUGUGAUGAACCUUGAUGAACCUAGAUCUAACGGUAUGAAGAGCACUAGCCAAAAGUCGAAGAAGUGCGUAGUUUUGGCGCUGGACUGGAGCCAUUGUCUAAUUCAAGUGGGUUUACGGGAUGAACAAUUUAAUCCUGCUUGAGUGCAACCCAGCCGUUUUUACUGAAGGCUCUGCCCUCUCACCAAAUAGGUAUCCAUGAAGAUCUCCCAACUCACGUUUGCCCACGAAAUGGGCCACAAUCUCGGUGCCAAGCACGACGACGAUUUCAAAGAGGACUUUCCUUCCUGUCUGCCCUCCGUCGAUGAUCCGAAGGGCAAUUACAUCAUGUUUGCCAGUGCAACAGGUGGGGACAAGGAGAAUAACAAUAAAUUCUCAAACUGCUCCCUGAACUCGAUUGCACGCCUUCUCACCCACGUGUUAAAGGUCAGUCUUUUCCCGCUUUAUAUCUCCCUACACUAUAUUUUCUCUUGUAUUAAUGAUCAGCCCUCUUUAGCAUUUCGUUGCCUCUAGCAUGUGUGUGUAUCCUGUUUUCUGCUUUCACAAACCCUCCCUCUUUCCCUCCCUUUCCUAAUUCCCGUCUUGAUGGCUCAGAGUGAGUCCAACUGUUUCCUGACCUCAAACGGCUCCUUUUGCGGCAACCGACUGACGGAGGAUGGAGAGCAGUGCGACUGUGGUUACACGCGCGACGACUGCGAUGAUGUGUGCUGCCAUCCAAAGGAAUCCACCACGCCCUGCAACCUCACUAAGUCUAUCACAGUGGACAACACUACUCUGAAGGUAUACCUGGUCCUGUGA